AUGAGCCUCAUAAUAAAGCUAAUUCUCUCAAUAUCAAUUCCAAUCGUUAUAGGAGUCUUGUUUAAUCUUUCAGUUUUUUACUUCGUGCUUUAUUAAAAUGUUUAUUAAUGGGAGGAGUAGUAAACAAAGUAGCUAAUCACUAACGAAAACUAAAAACUGCAUAAUUUAGUAUAUGGAAUAAAAACAACAAUGGAAAUUAGCUUUAAUACAGUAGAAUAAGACCUCAUAAGUUUUCAUAACUUUUAUUUAAAGAUGAUAAACAACGAUGUUUUAGUUAGAAAGUAAUUCUCUUAUAUCCCAUGUUCUUAUAGAUACUUUGCUUUUAAUAACUGCACAUAAAACAUGUAUAAAGAAUUUAGUAAGAACAGUAAUUAUGUAGAAGGAUUUUUUCACAGAACAACUUUCGAUUUCGAAGAGUUUUCAGAUGAAAAAAAAUAAAGAUUUAAAAAAGUUUGGGACUCAUACAUUAUAGCUAAAUCAGCUAUUAUUGCUCGUAGGAAUAGUUUAAUUGCUAUAAAUGAUGUGUUUUAAGGAUUUGAUGAUUCUCUACUCACUACUGUACCGAUGCUCAAUAUAAAUUUAACAGCUUUUUAGCCUUAUUAGACAUGCAUUACUAAUUAGACAUUUGUAGAAAAUUUUGAUCCUAGAUGUAGAGGAUGGUAUAGAAGCACUAUAAAAUAGGCUGGAAAAUAUUAAGUUUAUCAGUAUAAGCCAUAUAAAGAUGCCUUCACUAAUUCAAUUACAAUGUCGCCAAGUGCUUUGAUUUUAGAUGAAAAAACAAAUGCUUUUUUAUCUAUUAUUGCAAUGGAUUUUAAUAUUACAAAACUAACUUAAAAUGUGAUUGCAAUUUCUGAUGAAUUGGACGAAUCUUAAAUCACAUCAGGAUACUCUUUGCUUUUUCAUGAAGAUAAUAAUACAAUAUUUCAUCAUAAAUAUUGGAAGAGUACUGAUGAUAUUGAGUAUAGCUGGCAAGAUAUAGAAUACAAUUCCACAACAAUAUACUCUACUUAAGAGAAAAACUCUUUUGUUUAAUAAGUAUCAGAUGCUAAGAUUCAUGCUCUGUCAUUCCAAUAUGACAUUGAAAAACAAAUUAAUACAGAUUAAUUUUACAUUUCUUUCUCAAAAAACAAUCUAAGAUACUACAGUUUGAUAUACCCUGUAAACUCUUUACAAUAAUGCUGCAGUGCUUUACUAUCAACUUGA